AUGAAGGUGAUCUCCGAGAAAGACUCACCUGAUCCGGAAACUCUGGUGUACGGUAUGACGGUGAUCAACAAGACACUGCGAGGCAUCCCGGACAGUGACACCUACUACGACGCUGUGGACACGCUGGAGAUGUUGGGAAUGGAGGAGGCCAUGAAAAGUAUGAUGAAGUUGGGGAACAACGAGCUGCUCGAGCAGUGCAGAUUGUACGAACGGGAGCUGAGCAAAGAGGAUGAGCGAGCCGAAAACAGCGACGACGACGUCAAUGCACGCAUGAGUGCGAUUCCACCACGACCCCCUGUCACCAAUGGAGUCCAUUUUGAUACCGAUGAGGUUGAAUCGAGGAACGGCUUGCCGAAAGAGUCGUCAUGGAGAGCUGCUGAGAAGGAUUCUGACCCAGCAAAAUCCUCCCGAACGCGGGUAGACACGGAUUGUCGUGAAGUGGCUGAGUCAAGUGCACCCAGCAUGGAAAGAACUUCUUCCCAGCAAGCCAUGCACGAAUCGGACCGUCGUUCGGUGAUGCGACGACGGCAUCAAGAGGCUCGACAACGUCAAGAGGAACAUAUUGCGUUUGCUCAAAGCCGGAAUUUGUUCGCCAAAGAAAAUAUUUUUUCUGUCUUUCAGGUCGAUUACAAAGAAUUAUUUGACAAUCUGAAGCGGCUUGAGAAGGAGUGCAAAGCGAGCUGGGACUAUUUGGCAAAGAUCUCGAAAAACGACAACUCGUCCAUGCGCCAAAAGAUCAACGAUUAUCUGACAGACGUCGCGCAACGAAUUCACCAGCUCAACACCAUUCAUAACGUCACCAUCAACAGAGGCAAAAUCUGGGCUCUGGAAGGCACUGCUGAAGGUGGUGACCCGAAUCGGCGAAGAAGAACCUCACAAAAUGGACCCAAUUCACUGCAGCGACAUGAGGAGAUGUCUCGAAUGUUGAAUGGCAUUCCGAUGGAAGUGAGAACCCGAAGGCAUCCCAACGAUCCGGCCAACGAUUCCCCAGAAGACGAAAUUCUUAAUGGACUCGUUAAAGCGGCUACGUUACAAUCGGAAACACGAGAUCAUCGACGGAAGGCCCGGCAGUUCAAUCGCAAAUCAUGUACUACGCCGCACGAGGACGUUGAAGCUGGUCGACGGUCAACUGGAGACGAACUAUUGAGACGAGAAUGUGGUCUCGCCGCUGGAAAUCUUCAUUUACCGUUCUUCAUCACCUUCUAG